UCCUAAAUGCCCUUUUAGUCAACUCACUCUUUAAUAUAUCCCUCUCACCCAUCACAGAUUCACAAAUCAAAAUUAAUAAAAUACCCUUCUGUUCUCCAAGGCAAAAGCUCUUUUGAUCAUUUCUAUAUAUCUUCUAAACAACAAAAUUGAUCAUCCAAUUUUGAAAAGCUCUUCAGAGAAAUGCAUCCGGGGAAUCUAUGGGGCGGUAAGCUAGACGCCAUAGAUAGCGACCGAGCCGCGGCGGAGGAGGAAGAACGGCGGAGGAACAUGACGGAGUGGGACAGAGGAGCCCUCCACUCGCAGCAGCUAACCGCGGAAGAACAGAGGAACCAAUUGGACGAGACGCAACAAAGCUGGUUGCUUGCACCACAAGAUAGCUGGAAAAAGAAGAGAAAGAAGUAUGUAAACCUAGGCUGUGUAUCCGUGAGCCGCACGGUUUUUAUGUGGACCGUUGGAUCUAUCGUCGUCUUGUUCCUCGUCGUUGCUCUUCCGAUCAUCAUCGUCAAGUCGUUGCCUCGUCAUAAGUCUACCCCUCCUCCUCUAGAUAAUUACACGCUUGCCCUCCAUAAGGCUAUUCAGUUUUUCGAUGCCCAGAAAUCGGGUAAAUUGCCGAAGAACAAUCGGGUUUCAUGGAGGGGAGAUUCAGGGCUGAAGGAUGGGCCAGCGGAGGUGCCCGGAGGAUUAUUCGGAGGGUAUUACGAUGGAGGAAGCAACAUCAAGUUUCAUUUUCCGAUGGCAUUCUCAAUGACAAUGCUAAGUUGGAGUCUCAUUGAGUAUAGUCACAAAUUCAAAGCCAUCAAUGAGUAUGAUCACAUGAGAGAUGUUCUCAAAUGGGGCACUGAUUAUCUUCUUCUCACUUUCAACAAUUCUGCUACUCGCCUUGAUCAUAUCUACACUCAGGUUGGUGGAGGGCUUAGAGACUCAGAAUCACCAGAUGAUAUCUACUGUUGGCAAAGACCAGAAGACAUGUCAUACGACCGUCCUGUCAUUUCCGCAACUUCGGCCACUGACCUCGGCGCAGAAGUUGCUGCCGCCUUAGCCGCAGCCUCGAUCGUCUUCACCGACAAACCAAACUACGCCCAAAAGCUCAAGAAAGGCGCAGAAACUCUAUGGCCUUUCUUUAGAAGCAAAUCCAGACGCAAUCGCUACUCCAAUGGAAAGCCAACGACUCAAGCCUUCUACAACUCAACAAGUGUGUUCGACGAGCUCAUGUGGGCUGGCGCGUGGCUUUACUACGCUACUGGAAACAAGACUUACAUAGAACUCGCCACCACGCCGAGUGUGCCUCAAACGGCUAAAGCUUUUGCUAAUAGACCGGAGUUGAUGGUACCGAGCUGGAAUAACAAAUUACCUGGAGCAAUGUUGUUGAUGACUCGGUAUCGAUUGUUCUUAAAUCCUGGUUUUCCUUAUGAGAACAUGCUGAAUAGGUACCAUAAUGCUACUGGUGUCACAAUGUCUUCUUUGUUUGCGGAUUAUCUCAAUUCAACUGGAGUUCCUGGAUGGUACUGUGGCCCUACCUUUGUCUCCAAUCAUGUUCUUAAGGAUUUUGCUAUGUCUCAGAUCGAUUACAUUCUUGGAAACAACCCUUUGAAAAUGAGCUAUGUGGUUGGAUUCGGCAAGAAAUUUCCAAGACACGUUCACCACCGAGGAGCCACGAUUCCAAACGACAAGAAGAGAAGAAGCUGUAGAGAAGGAUUGAAGUAUAGAGACACAAAAAAUCCAAACCCACACAACAUCACAGGAGCUAUGGUCGGAGGACCAAACAAAUUCGAUCAGUUCCAUGACAUACGACGCAAUUACAACGCGAGCGAGCCUACUCUGUCCGGAAAUGCAGGGCUCGUGGCUGCUCUUGUUUCCUUAACCAGCAGUGGUGGCUACCGAAUUGAUAAGAACACGAUGUUCAAUGGCGUUCCUCCUCUCUAUCCUCCUGCCCCACCACCUCCUAAAGUCUGGAGACCUUGAAGAAAUAUUUCAUGUACGUGACUGAGUUUUAAGUUAUAUAAUACGUACAUUGCCAGUUUUCUAUCACUUGGUUAUUUACAAUCUCAAAUUUUGUUGUUCUUUUUUGAUUAAACUAUACUAUUAUGUAUUGUUGCAAUGAAUUGAUACUGGCAUUGGUUAUCGGGGAGCUAGAGAAAAAUGAUAUAAGUAUAAUAUUUUCA